GCAUACUGUAUUUCUUUAAAUUGUUUAACAUUUCUACAAAUGCAUAAACAUCCGCAGAUACAAUCUACAUAAAAUGCUUCAGAUAUAUGGCUGGGUCGGCAGUAGGGCAGAAAUUGUAAUGGUGAAUUCUUCAUGGACCGAGGAACACAUUAAUUCGAUUUGGAAAUGCCCGAUGAGAACGCAUAAAAUCUUUCCACCGUGCGAUGUGAAGCAAUUAACGUUGCUACCGCUACUCAGCGACGAGGAGAAAUGCAAUAGUAUACGUAUAGUUUCGAUUGCGCAAUUCAGACCAGAGAAAAAUCAUCCAUUAAUGCUAAGGGCGAUGUACGAACUUAGAUCAAUCAUUAAAGAAGACGUUUGGGAUAGGAGAACCUUAUAGGGCCCGAUGAUCUCUGCGGGACGAGUAGUCAAAAGUACGGUUCGACCUUCUACUGUUUAAAUCCAAGUAAUUGCCGAGAAAUUGUCUCUUAUUCAUAAGCUACGAAUGGCCUGACUGCUAGCCUUUGUGCGUAGAAAAUAUAAAAUACAACAAUAUACAUGGCGAGGAUGAACAAUUUUAUCUAUAAACAACUAC